AUGAAUGUCAACCACACAACCACUUUGCGAAUCUUCAACAAUCGGUUGGGCGAUGACUUGUGGCGAACAGAUAAUAAGCUCAAGAUGCACAUCAUAUUCAAUAACUAUCAUUUGUUUAGAUAUUUGUUGUCCAAGCUGGAUAGCAAUAUUGAUCGAUUAUGUAUAAGUCUAACAUGUAAACAUCUAUAUAACAACAGAGAGCAAUAUCUGCGAUUUGAACAGAGCUCACCAUUCACAGUGGAUGCCGAAGAGUUGUUACAGUAUAGUACGUAUACACUCAAAUCAUAUGAAUCAUUGUUGUCGCAAUCAGUGUCCAAUGUCAACUGCUUUAUAAGUGUUGCCUCGAUCGAGGCGCUAGAGACGGUGCCAUCCUACUGCACCACUCUAGACUUUAACUUGGACGAACAUACACGCGACGUGACCAAGAUACCUAGACAUAUUCAUACCUUGUUCGCCAGACAUACCAAGAACAAUAUGUAUGGUGAACUGCCGACAUCCAUCACCCGACUCAAACUGGACAUGCACGGCUACAACCUGUUGAGAUUGGCUGGUGAGGCAUUUGACCAACCUCAACUUGCGACUUCAUGGCCACCUGCCUCCUCUUUGCAUUCCAUCAUCGGUGACCAAUUUGAAGUUCAGGUGUCCAGAAUUUCAAUUGGGUGA